GCCUGGUGCUUACCACGAGCAAGGAGGCCCUUCAUGGGUCCUGACGUUGCUUAGAAACGCGUUGUUGUCGUGCAUGUUCACAGUGAAUUUUCUGGAACCAAAUCGAGAUUUUCUUGUCUAUAAUCCAGCCGUGAAAGCGGACAAAUUUACGACGAGGCCGACGAUUAUUAAACAAUAUUCUGCCGUAAAUAUGUAUUUAACGUAGUUAGUUAGAUAUCUUCGGUAACAGACACGCUAAUCUGCUAAUUAGUCAGCUAGCCAAAGCAAUAACACUGUCGGGUUGUGUUUAAGAAUAUAAAAUUUACAGUUUGUUUUACGGAUUAUUACUUGUAAAGAUUAACUAAAUGAUAUCCAUAGAGUUAGGGAGCGUGUGAUGGAGUAAAGCAGCGCCGUGUUUCAGCUGUCUGGUCAGCUGUCAUCUAAUCCCGCUGCAUUAAGAGGCUCAGAGUUUAAACUCCUGCUUGCUGCUGCUUCUGUAGACUCGCAAUGGACGCAGGAGGCAUUUCUGAUCUGGACCUGGAGAAAUAUGACGCUGAUGAACAAGUCAAGAUCAUCUGCCUUGGAGACAGCGCUGUGGGCAAAUCCAAGCUUAUGGAGAGAUUCCUUAUGGAUGGAUAUCGUCCUCAGCAGCUGUCCACCUAUGCUUUGACUCUGUACAAAUACACCACCACUAUCAAUGGACAAACUAUCUUGGUUGAUUUCUGGGACACUGCAGGGCAGGAACGUUUUCGAAGCAUGCACCCAUCUUACUACCAUAAAUCUCAUGCCUGUAUCAUGGUGUUUGAUGUCCAGAGGAAAAUCACAUAUAAGAACCUCCCAAAUUGGUACAAAGAACUCCGAGAGUACCGGCCUGAGAUUCCAUGUCUGGUAGUCGCUAACAAGAUAGAUGCUGACAUAAAGGUGACCCAGAAGAGUUUCAACUUUGCUAAGAAACAAGGUCUGCCCUUCUACUUUGUAUCUGCUGCUGAUGGGACCAAUGUGGUGAAGGUGUUUAAAGAUGCCAUUCAGAUGGCUCUGUCUUACAAGAAGAACUCCAACGACUUUAUGGAUGAAGUUAUGAGGGAGUUAGAGAACUUUGAUUUAGAGAGUAAAGAAGAAACAUCUGAUAAAGAAGAGGAGACGCAAGAGGGAAAACCAGACUUGGCGUGACCACGUCACAUUCUUCAUCCUCUUCUUUUCUCAUUCUCUUUCUCCGCUGCUUCUGGAGUUGUACUGAUGAGUUCCUUAAAUCAUGGCUGUCCUCUCACUGUCCUGAACAUCAGAGAGAACUCUACCUCACACCCCUGAUAGUGUGUGUCUGUUCUUGAACCUCGAACAGGAAUAAGUUAUGAUUCUGUGAAUAUACAGAUGACAUUAUCAGAUGAUUGACACGUUAAUGGAAUCACAGCUCUGAACUGCAGGACUGAUUUGAUACAAAUUGCGCAGCAUGUAGAUUUAGCAAAAAACCUUUUAGUAAUCUACAUAGACUCUUUAUGGAAUGUGAAGCUUUGUCUGUGCCGAAUGUAAUAUAGUCCUUUUUUCAGUUGGAAUAUAUAUAUUCCUUGUCUUUUUUUCAGCUGGAAUUUUAGCUGAAAUAUUUAUCUUUUUGUAAGUGUAAUAUUUUACAACAAAUGCACACUUUGUGUAACAAUUUGUGAUGCUCAUCAGUAUGAAUAAAGUAGUUGAUCUUUGUAUAA